AUGACAUCGAUAACAACAAAUACAAUGGACUCGCUGAACUUUUCACGCCUACAACUUGCACGAGCCUUGAAAGAAGAUCUUGAAGACGAAAACGCGUUACCACCAGAAAAAAGUGCGAUUUUUUCACGUCAACGACCGGCGAGACAAAAUAAUAAUACGGGCGAUGAAACAUUAAGUGUGCCAAAUCACUUUCAUAUUCCAAGACCCACAAGUUUAAUGAUUCCGAUGCCGUUAACCCAACCCGAUGGAAAUUCAACACCAAAUAAGCGUUCUUCACAAGCGUUUCAUAAACCACAACCGGUGAAUACUAAUGCGAGGAAUAGUAUCGCUAUCUUAGGUGAUUUAAAUGAUCAUGGGGUUGCCGGCAAUAGACAUUCAACAUUGAUGGAUGUACGAAGAAGUAUCAUUGAGAGCAGACAUAUGGCUAUCCCGUUUUCACCCGCGUCUAGUCAUCGAACUAAGCAAUUAAUGCAUCAACGAUCAUUUUCAAGUGGUUAG